AUGUGCAACUGUCGUAUCGCCUUUCCCACGCCACCACACUCGCAGCCGCGAUCGUUGCUAGGAGAGUACAGGGUAGCGGCCACUCCUGUGGCAAACCCAUUGGGGAGUGACGGAACCACGCCACUGUUUUCUCUGCCGCGUUGUCGCACCUCCUCCUCCUAUCUCCUCCCGUCCCUCCUCUCUCAGCUCAUUCUAUCUCCUCCCUUCCCUCAACCCCAGCUUUCCCUCACGGCUCCCCCUCCUUCCCCCCAUUUCACCGUUCUCUACCCCAUUUCCCCACAACUUUGUCUACAUUUCCCCCCUUCCCCCUUCCGCCACCCGCGUCUGCAGCCUCGUGACCGCCACGGAACCGCCAGCUGCGCGUUUGACGAGAUGCGCGAGAUGCGGCCAUUCAUGCGCCAGCGCCUUUCCUCAUCCCUCCGAACCUUUCCUCUCCGCCCUCCGGUAGUGGCGAGUGCGGGCGUGGUGAUUGAGUCUGCAUUAGUUCCGUGGCAGAAUGCGGGGGUGCGAGGGGCAGAGGCUCCUCCUCCGUCCCCGCUGUCCUCCUCUCACCCCCCUGUCAUCCUCCUCCCGGCCUGUCCACUCCCCUGGCGUCAACCCCAUGAGCCUCAGGGUGAGCAACCUCUAGCAGACCGUGUAUCUCCUCCUCUCAUCCUCCUCCUCUUUCCCCCUGUCCUCCUCUCUUCCCCGUCCUCCUCUCUCCCCCGUCCACCUCUCCCCCCCCUGGCCCCCCCAACCCCUCUCUCGGGAGAUUUCCAACAUUCCCUCUCACCCGUCUUCCUACCUCCUCAUUUCCCUCUCCCCACUGCUUCCUAUCCCUUCCUUCGGCUCCCCCUUUUCCCUCCCUACUCUCUUCCCAUCUCCCAACAACUCUCAUCCUCCUCCUCCUAUCUCCUCCCAUCCCUCACCACCUUCCUUCUUAUCACCCUCACACCCUCACUCCCCUCGUUCUAUCUCCUCCCUUCCCUCUCCCCCCUCUCUCCGGAAAAUUCCCCUUUCCUCCCCCCAUUUCCCCCCUCCAACCCCUCAUUCCCAUCCCUCCUUUCACUCAUUUCCUCCCCUGCUCCCCCAUUUCCCAGUGCGCGUGGCUGCUGCUCGCUUCGCCUGCGUUCGCCAACCGCCCUUUUGCCUCCUGCGCCUGCAGGCGCGCGUGACCGCCAGCUGCGCGUUUGA